CUGGUGUUCACCUAACACGUUGACAAACAUUCACAAAGAUGAUAAAUCCUGGCAUUCUGCUUGUGUUGGUGUUGGGUACACUGGUUGUCGAUGCAACGGUAGAUGUUCGAGGAUUGUUGGACCGCCAUUUUGCAUACGGGCAUAAACCACGUGUUCGUGACUAUAACCGUGCCACCGUCGUUCCCUCUUCGGGGAUGAACGCCAUGCCGACUUCUGCGGCACCAACCCGAGGAAGUAACGCCAUACCGGCUUCUGCGGCACCAGCCCAAGGAAGUAACGCCAUACCGGCUUCUGCGGCACCAGCCCAAGGAAGUAACGCCAUACCGGCUUCUGCGGCACCAACCCGAGGAAGUAACGCCAUACCGGCUUCUGCGGCACCAACCCGAGGAAGUAAUUCCAUGCCUGCUUCUGCGGCACCAGCGAGCGGCAACAAGCCGGUAUCUGGCAAUGUUGGUGCUCAGUCUAUAUAUCGCGAGAAGCCAGGAGUUGUGCCAGAACCAGAUACAACUGCAUGUGUGGAGCAGCUGGAAUACGUCAUUGAAGUUAUACAAGGCAUACUUGAUAAUUCAGGUUGUGGUAACGAAGUGGAGCCAACGCCGGAACCAAUGAUAUGUACCAAUGAUUGCACCUGGCCGGCCGAUGGUGAAUGCGAUGAUGGCGGAGCUGGUAGUAUGUAUGGUAUCUGUCCAUAUGGCUCAGACUGCAGUGACUGUGGUCCGCGUUCUAUAUCGAUGGUCUGCACCGACGAUUGUGUAUGGGCUUACGACGGUGCGUGUGAUGACGGCGGUCCGGCGAGCAGUUACAACCUUUGUGCUAUGGGUACCGACUGCGGAGACUGUGGUCCACGUCAGUUGAUCUGUACAGACGAAUGUAGUUUGUCUUACGAUGGUGUUUGUGACGAUGGAGGUCAGGGCAGUAGUCUAGGCGCUUGUUCAUACGGCACAGACUGCGAAGACUGUGGGCCACGCUCGGGUGCUGUAUCAUGUUUAAAUUCAUGUGAAUGGUCUUACGACGGAGAGUGCGAUGAUGGCGGAGCGGGAAGUAGUUACGGACUUUGUGAACUUGGCACUGAUUGCGGAGACUGUGGUGAACGUUUGCCUUAAAUUGAAUAUACAGUAUGGAAGUUCUAAUUAUUUAUAUAGAUUAUUUUAUUUCAAUAAUUAAAAACAAAACAACCACGUA